GCUCAUGACGUCACCCACCGCGGUGCCGCCUCCGUCAUCACGUCCGGGGCGGGGCCGCGCGCCGUCGCCGGGAGACGUGCGCGUGACGGUGACGCACGGACGGGAGCCGGCUCGGGCCAGGCGGCGGCAGCGACAGCGACAGCGGCGGCAGAGGCCGCGGCGGGAGCGGCGCCGCCAUGGGGGAGCUGUUCCGCAGCGAGGAGAUGACCCUGGCGCAGCUGUUCCUGCAGUCCGAGGCCGCCUACUGCUGUGUCAGCGAGCUGGGCGAGCUGGGCAAGGUCCAGUUCCGCGACCUGAACCCCGACGUGAACGUGUUCCACCGUAAAUUCGUCAAUGAGGUCCGGAGGUGCGAGGAGAUGGACCGAAAGCUCCGGUUUGUGGAGAAGGAGAUUAAAAAGGCAAAUAUUCCCAUCAUGGACACGGGUGAAAACCCAGAGGUGCCUUUUCCACGUGACAUGAUUGACCUGGAGGCAAACUUUGAGAAAAUUGAAAAUGAGCUUAAAGAAAUCAACACCAACCAGGAGGCUCUGAAGAGAAACUUCUUGGAGCUGACAGAAUUAAAGUUUAUACUGCGUAAAACUCAGCAGUUUUUUGAUGAGGCUGAAUUGCAUCAUCAGCAGAUGGCGGAUCCAGACCUGCUGGAGGAAUCCUCUUCACUGCUGGAGCCGAGCGAGAUGGGAAGAGGUGCCCCGCUCCGACUCGGGUUCGUGGCUGGCGUGAUCAACCGCGAGCGCAUCCCCACCUUCGAGCGGAUGCUGUGGCGCGUGUGCCGCGGGAACGUCUUCCUGCGGCAGGCCGAGAUCGAGAACCCCCUGGAGGACCCCGUCACGGGGGAUUACGUGCACAAGUCUGUAUUUAUCAUCUUCUUCCAAGGUGACCAGCUGAAGAACAGAGUCAAGAAGAUCUGUGAAGGGUUCCGAGCCUCCCUCUACCCAUGCCCAGAAACUCCUCAGGAGCGGAAGGAAAUGGCUUCUGGUGUCAACACCAGAAUUGAUGAUCUUCAGAUGGUGCUGAACCAAACUGAGGAUCACCGCCAGAGGGUUUUGCAGGCAGCUGCUAAAAACAUCCGCGUGUGGUUCAUCAAAGUGAGGAAGAUGAAGGCCAUCUACCACACCCUGAACCUGUGCAACAUCGACGUGACACAGAAGUGCUUGAUUGCUGAAGUCUGGUGUCCUGUUGCUGACCUGGACUCCAUCCAGUUUGCUCUCAGGAGAGGCACUGAGCACAGUGGAUCCACUGUCCCAUCUAUUUUAAACAGGAUGCAAACCAAUCAGACCCCACCCACGUACAACAAAACUAACAAGUUUACUUCUGGCUUUCAAAACAUUGUUGAUGCUUAUGGCAUUGGGACAUAUCGGGAAAUAAAUCCAGCACCCUAUACCAUCAUCACCUUCCCAUUCCUGUUUGCUGUGAUGUUUGGGGAUUUUGGCCAUGGCAUCCUGAUGACUCUGAUUGCUGUCUGGAUGGUGGUGAGGGAGAGCCGGAUCCUCUCCCAGAAGAGUGACAAUGAGAUGUUCAACAUGGUGUUCAGUGGUCGAUACAUCAUCCUGCUGAUGGGGCUGUUCUCCACCUACACGGGGCUCAUCUACAACGACUGCUUCUCCAAAUCCCUCAACAUGUUUGGUUCCUCCUGGAGCGUCAGGCCCAUGUUCAAUAAAGCAAACUGGUCAGAUGCUUUGCUGGAGACCACCCCCCUGCUGCAGCUGGAUCCUGCCAUCCCAGGGGUGUUUGGUGGGCCCUACCCAUUUGGCAUUGACCCAAUCUGGAAUAUUGCCAGCAAUAAGCUGGCUUUCCUCAAUUCCUUCAAGAUGAAGAUGUCUGUGAUUCUUGGCAUUUUCCAGAUGCUCUUUGGUGUUGCUUUGAGUCUCCUCAACCACAUCUAUUUUAAGAAGCCACUGAACAUAUACCUUGGAUUUAUCCCAGAAAUGAUUUUCAUGUCCUCCCUCUUUGGAUACCUUGUUAUUCUCAUCUUUUACAAGUGGACAGCCUACGAUGCUCACACAUCCAAGGAAGCACCCAGCCUCUUAAUACACUUCAUCAACAUGUUUCUGUUCUCCUAUGAGGACACCAGUAAUAAGAUGCUUUAUAGUGGGCAGAAAGGGCUCCAGUGCUUCCUCGUGGUGGUAGCCUUGCUGUGUGUGCCAUGGAUGCUGGUAGCCAAACCCCUGGUCCUUCGCCAGCAGUACUUGAGGAGAAAACACUUGGGCACGCACAACUUUGGUGGGAUCCGGGUGGGCAAUGGCCCAACAGAGGAGGAUGCUGAGAUCAUUCAACAUGACCAGUUAUCUACCCAUUCUGAGGAGGGGGAAGAGCCUACAGAGGACGAGGUGUUUGACUUUGGGGACACCGUGGUGUACCAGGCCAUCCACACCAUCGAGUACUGCCUGGGCUGCAUCUCCAACACUGCCUCCUACCUGCGCCUCUGGGCCCUGAGCUUGGCCCACGCACAGCUCUCAGAGGUGCUCUGGACCAUGGUGAUCCACAUUGGCCUGAGCGUGAGGAGCCUGGGGGGAGGCUUGGGCCUCUUCUUCAUCUUUGCUGCUUUUGCCACGCUGACAGUGGCCAUCCUGCUGGUCAUGGAGGGGCUUUCAGCCUUCCUCCACGCUCUGCGCCUGCACUGGAUUGAAUUCCAGAACAAGUUCUACACUGGCACUGGGUUCAAGUUUCUCCCUUUCUCCUUUGAUAUCAUCCGUGAGGGGAGGUUUGAUGACUGAGGCCCCCACUCCAGCAGUGUUAAACGUUGUGUGUGUGUGUGUGUGAGAGCCCAGCACCAAGGCUGUGGCUGUCCCCUCCCCGUGUGUGUGACUUGUGUGUAGUGACAAUAACUUAUUGCAGCACCCUUGAGCGUUCCCAUGGCAUCCCAAAGCCAAAAGCUUUGACGUUCUGGGGUCACAACACUGGAUCACAGAAACUUUCGUUCCUUAAGUUUACUCCCAGAGGUACCAAGUGCAUGAGGUGUCUGUUUGGUGUGCAGUCGUGUGCUCCCUGUAUUGUGCAUUCCCUGGCAGCUGAUCAGGGCAGAAAAGAAAUGGCAGCUGUGCUGAGGGGACAAAAUAGCACAUGGAGAAAAGGCUCAGCGACCUCAGCUCCAGAAGAGUGAGGGCUGUUCUCUCUCUUCUUGCUGGAGGCAGUGGUGAGAGCCCUCAUGCUCUGGGACUCAGCUGCCUGACUGGCAGGAUGGGGAGGGAUGAGCCUUGGUGCAGACUGUCACUGGUCACUGCAGGCACUGCCACUGGCAGUGACAUUUCUUGGGCUUUCUGCUUUGAAACCAAGGCCCUCCAGGCACAUCAGAUCGUGCCUGCGUGGGCUUGGCAUAGCUGGAGGCAGCUUUUGCUCAGGUGGAUGUACCAGUGACUCACAUUGUCCUCUGCACUCUCUGGGGAGCCUUUAAGGGAGAGAGCAGCUCAGUCUUGCCAAAACAGCUCCAUGGCAGGGGGCUCUCUGUGCUGUGUCCCUGCAUUAGCUGUUGCUUUCUUUCCUGUCCGAGCUGUCAGUGUUUCCUUGCACUCCUCAACUCGAUGUAGCUGUAGCAGCAGUGGGUGUGUCAGUGCUGUGUGUGACUGUCGUGUUCCAUUCGCACAGUGGAGCUGGGUAUUUGUGUAUGAACAGAUUAGAACAAUAACGAGACUCAUUAAGCUGGAAGCAGAGAGGAAAUGCCUCAAGGUGCCAGGCUGCUUAAAAUUAGGUGAGAAGGUUCUGUGUACCUUGCACACUGCAAUGUGCAUGGGGCACAGGGACCCUUGGGCAGCCCUGGGCACUGGCUGUGUUACAGGAGGGUGUGGUGGGCAUCCACAGAGGUGUCUGCAGACUGAAGGGUGAGAUCAAAGUGUGGCUGCAGGUGGAGCUUUGAUUCUCUGUCUGUGUUCUGCUGCCUGGGUGAAACACGUUGCUGACAGUCGCUGUAUACAUUAAAUGAACUCCACAACAAA